GACAGCAGCAGCAGCAGCAGCAGUGGUAGCAGUCGGAAUCGCAGAGCGUGCUCCUGCGGUGCUCAGCCGUUACGAUGGAGCUUCGCGAGAUGAACGUCGCGACGGCCGAUGAAACCGCGGAGCUCCUGCCGUCCCGUCACGACGACAACGAGAGCUACUUCAUGGAGUACGCCAUUCAGAAGGAGAUCAUCAACCGUAACCGAUGCCCAGCAAGUCGGCGGCUUCUCAGCCAGACCGCACAUCUCGCCGACUUUAACGUUGCGAACAGCAAUCACCAUCAGAAGGAAUCACCAUGUGCCGGUAUCAGUAUCAUUCAUACUUCCGGUCCGAAUUGGCCGCCAUCCCGUAAACGAGAGGAGGCCAGGGCUUUGGAGAAUCUCAGGAAGAGGGUCGAACAGUCAAAACUCUUUAAGGCCAAUCAAAUUUCCGAUCCUGGAGGAUCCUCUGCAUCUACCUCGACGGGGCUUAACACCGAGCAACUGCAGCAACUUGAUAAUCGGCCGAAGCUCUUGAAAAAGAUACUAAGCAACAAACCAAUGAGCAUAGCUCACGAUAGCAGUGACCUUGAAACCGACUGGAGAGACAGUGAAUUCAUCACGGAAUGCUUAUGCUGGCAUAAUGUGUAUAGACAACGUCAUAAUGCUCCGCCGUUGAGUAUGUCACCUCAGUUAUGCGAAUACGCUCAAACUUGGGCUAAUCAUCUAGCGCACACGAACACAUUUUACUACAGAAACGAUCGGGAGGUCGGUCAAAAUUUGUAUUGUCGUCCUGGUGGUGCAGUUCCUGGUGACGUCACCGGACAGGAUGUCGCUGCUUACUGGUACUCUGCUGUUAGACAAUACGACUUCUUCAAGGAACCGGAUGUUCUUCAUGCCAAUGUUAAUGCAGGUUAGUUUUGUAGGCAUCUUAAUGUAAACAAAGCGCAACGGUCGACUAUUUCCUAGAACACAGCAACGUUGCCUAGCUCUCGCGCGUAGGGCAAAAGCCUCGAUAUAGGAGGGGGAAGUAAGGAGACAAAGUAGUAGUCGUCGCAGAGACGCUAGGGCGCGAACACAGUGUGCUUGUAAAAAAGAAAGAAUAAAGUCCGUUCUACUUAUGAAGAUU